AUGCUUUUUUCUCGCCACCACGCAGCCUCCUCAAGCUUCUUCGACAAGUUGCAAACUGCUCACAGACUCCGCGAGAGAGGUCUCCCUUCGGAGCCUCUACCAAACCCUUCCUUCUUCAGGAAGAUCAAAAAUGCUUUUAAGUCAACCACACAAAAGUUUUAUUUGUCUCUGCGUUUCUCCCUGCCCCGUCAUUGGGGUUCCAGACGCAGAAACUCCAGAAUGUCCAGAAACGAGAAGAUGCCAAUGCUGCAAAACGCUGGAACAGAACCUGCUGCCAUCCAGUUUGUGUCUCUUACGCUUCAUCCAAAUGACGGCCUCUUGGAGAAGUUUUACGUGGACUCUGCCCACAGCCCCGGUGCUGCAGUUUCCCAAAACGACAAGAUACCCAUUGAGCCAGCCUCCGGCGUGACUCUGGGAACUACCCACGUUUCUGAGGUUUCCCAAAAUUUGAAAAAGUGCUUGAACGCCUUGUACCGGUCCCGGAGCCUUCCUGGCGCCAGACCCAGCAAGACACUUCUCGCAUUGGAUGUCUUCAAGAACCUCAUCACCGGAAAGCCCACUGGCCUCACCAUCUGGCCCAAUUUCCCCAGAACCACCUAUGAAAUUUUGGCUUUCCACUUGGCCAGAGCCGCUUCCCGGCCAGCCCCCUCCAGAGCCUUGGUUCCUCUCAGAAACCAGAACUCAACCACACCUUCUCUUGUGGUCACCUCCGAACCAGGCCUCAAGGUCGAUCUUUCCCAAUUGACCGCCUUGGCCUCCAGAAAGACCAGACCGCUUUCGGACGUCGGCUAUGUGGAGUAUACUGUCAGAACACUGGAGUUCGUGAGACAGCACUCCACAAAGGCCUUGGCUGCAAACAGCCGGGUCUCUAGCCGGGUAUCCUUUGCUCAAGCCUCGUCUGAAAUUGUCAUUUUUGAUUCAGACGAUGCUCCAGCUGCUCUCGGCACUUCAGCACCCAGACGCCCUGUGGUGGUCCAGAGUAUACUUUCCCAAAAGCUCAAGCUGGAACCUCUUCAGCACACUUCCUCCACCGAGUACAACGAGUACUUCACCUACGCUGAAGCCGAGGCCAAGCUUGACUAUUUGCUCAAGGACACCAAGUUUCCUGCUGUCGACACGCAAAACUACAAGGCGGAUGUCAGCAGAGCCUUGGGCCAGUUUGGAGAGGCCUUCCGUUUCCUCACCAACACAUUCACCCAGCCGGUGAUGAACGAGUAUCUUGCUUAUUUCCAGCAAUUUCUCAGCAUUGGCAGCGAAAUCAGCCGCUGCUUGGCUGUGGGCCACGGUAUGGCUGCCGAGUUGGACUUUAUGAGUCUGGAGCUCCAUGAAGGCUACAUCAACUUGAGCCAGAAGCGCCGUCUUUUCGAAUUUGGCCAGCGCAUUUAUGCUCUAGAUGCCGCCGAAAACGACGUCAGACAGCUGAUUGACUCGCUUGCCCUGAUCUACAAGGCCAAGCUUGAUAUCUUCCAGUCUGAGCUGAAGCAGAUGGAGGGUUUCAUCAAGAAGAUCAACUCUGCCUACAGCCGUUUUUUGAGAAGACACUGUCGGUGUUUGAAUGCCGAGGCCCGCAAGAAGCUCUCGUUGCAGUUGGGCCGUGACGAGUUUUUGGAGACUGCGUUUUUCUUCAAGAACUUGAACAUGGGCUCAGCCAAGGGCCAGCUCAGCCGCCACUACAACGACUUGGGCAUUGCCUUUUGCCGCCAGGAGGAGCUUCUUCUCCUGCUCAAGGAGGCCUUUAUCGAGGUCUGCGAGCACACACAGCGGAAGUAG